AUGCCCCCUAUGUGCACAGGUCCCACAGAAAUCAGGGACACUUUCAAGUAUAUUAACACUCUAGUGUCGUGCCUUGUGUUUGUGGUUGGAAUAAUUGGAAACUCUACACUGCUUAGAAUAAUUUAUAAAAACAAAAGCAUGCAGAACGGUCCUAAUAUCCUGAUUUCAAGUCUGGCACUUGGGGACCUGAUGCAUAUACUGAUAGACAUUCCCAUCAACGUAUAUAAGCUUUUUGCUAAAGAUUGGCCAUUUGGUGUUGGAAUUUGUAAACUGGUUCCUUUCAUACAAAAGGCAUCAGUUGGCAUCACAGUGCUAAGUUUGUGUGCACUGAGCAUAGAUAGGUAUCGAGCAGUGACAUCAUGGAACCGAAUUAAAGGCAUUGGCAUACCCAAAUGUACAGCCAUUGAAAUUAUUUUUAUUUGGGCGCUUUCGGUAAUACUUGCAGUGCCAGAGACUAUUGCCUUUGACAUUAUCACAAUGGAUUACAAAGGAGAAAACCUUAAGAUUUGCUUGCUCCAUCCCAUGCAGAAAACCAAGUUUAUGUGGUUUUAUAAGUCAGUUAAAGACUGGUGGCUUUUCAGUUUUUACUUCUGCAUGCCCCUGUUCUGUACUGCCAUCUUCUACACUCUCAUGACCUGUGAAAUGCUCAGAAAGAAGAAGGGGGUCCAGAUUGCACUUAAUGAUCACCUAAAGCAGAGACGCGAGGUGGCUAAAACCGUGUUCUGUCUGGUGCUGGUCUUUGCACUUUGCUGGCUUCCACUACACCUUAGUCGUAUUCUUAAACUGACCAUAUAUGAUGAAAAGGACCCCAACCGCUGUGAGCUUUUAAGUUUCUUCCUAGUUCUUGAUUAUAUCGGAAUCAACAUGGCAUCGGUGAAUUCUUGCAUCAACCCAAUUGCUUUGUACAUGGUUAGCAAGCGCUUUAAGAGCUGUUUUAAGUCAUGUCUGUGUUGCUGGUGCCUGCCUCCAGAAAUGUUAGCCAUGGAUGAAAAGCAGUCCUGUGUGAAGCUGAAGGUGACAGAGCGAGGAUCUGAAUAAAGCAGCACAUGUGCAUUGCUAUGCUUUAUCUCUUAUACGAAUAUGGGUAUAGAUAUAAGCAUCUGUAAACUGCAUUUUCCAUUUAGCUAAUUCCCUGAAACCUGAGUAUUCUGAACGGAUAUGCAUAUAUUGCAUGCAUUCUCUCAUGCAAGCAUGUAUCUUAAUCCCUUCUUGA